AUGACUCUCUACAACAUCAUCAGGUGGGGUCGGCCUCACCGCUUCAUUCAUAGUGCGCGCCAUGUACAGAUAAACAAAAAAGGGCAGGUCAAGUUGGUUAAAGGGGCUACCCAGAGAGCUGCCAGGCAUUACGCUGCGAAAAGAAGUAGCCUCCAAGGGGUAACCAUAAAUAGGCCAAAUUUCAUCACACCUAGUGAGGACAGCACUCCCCAAGUGGGUCUCCCAAAUGAAGAAGAGAUAUGUCAAGGGGAAAACAAAAACACAUCGUCACCACAACUUAGCAGCAUAACAGUGAGAGAACUUCUAACAAUGAACAACGAAGACGCAGAAAUAAUGAACCAUAUAAUAAGCCAUUUAGAAAAUACAAAAAAGACUAAUGGCUCCUUCCUAGACUUCUUCACUCUAUCCACGCUACACAAAGAGGAGAUUGAAAAGGAGAAAAAAAUACUUUACCACAGCGACAAAAUUAAGGAGCAUCUGACAGAGUACCUCCACUUGGCCGUAAAAAACAAUCACUACCAUUAUCUCUUUAACAUUUUCGAGCUGACUUGCCUGUACAAAAUAGAAGACGUAGGAUUGCUCCGACAACUGGUUGAGGAGAUACUCAUGCACACAACCAAUGAGGAACAAAAAGUCAUUCACUGCUACUGGAUCGUAAAACAUUUAACUCGAAAAAAAAAACAUGAUCAACAUAUUGCUGUGUUGCUACAGAAGUACCUUUUCAACGAUUCAUUUUUUAACUUCCUCCAAAGAAACGCAUGCAUCAACACCAGCUUUGUAACUCUCCUAAGUUAUGUGUCUGACUCAAUUGGGUACUACCCAAACGGGUCUGUCCUACCCGCACUCCACUGCACCAUGAGAAAGUACGCUGUCUAUUUUAACGGCAAAUUGGAAAAGGAGAUAGAACCAAAAAUGGUGAACAAUGUAGAGGAGCUAGCCAAAAUGCAGGAAAUUUUUGUAAAAAACGGGUUCUACGAUAAUGACUUCAAUUUGUUAAUUAAACGUCUUGUACUCACUUCCACUUCGUAUGUCAACCCGUUCGACUUACUCAUACUCUCCUCCAAUGUGCUUCUUAACUUUGUAAAGAAUGACCACCUGCUUCUCCAUCCUGGUGACCAGCAGGGGGGAGCGACACCACUGGAAGGACACGUCCCCCCCACAGAGGAAAAUUUCGCCAAACGGUACAGAAAUUUCUUAUCCACAAAAAACAUGAUAGAUGUGGUCAUCAGAACGAACGACCCCUACAUCGCCAACACGUGUAACGACCUGGCGUACAUCCAGAGGUACCUCCUCCUCUGCUCCUACUGCCACUUCACUUUAUUUUCUAACUGGUGGGCCGACACUGUAAUUUGCGAUAAGCUAAAAAAGAAAAGAAAACCGCAUAAGGCAGUCGUACGAUCUAGAGUGCCAUACAAAAGUCACCUUACCGACCAGGUGUCUCACUUACUUGCUGUACUUCUGCAAAGGUAUGGAGGUUAUGGCAGUGAGGACGGAGAAGUAGACCCGUAUGUAGCCGCUGAUGCAGUACAAAGCAGGCCAGCCGCGAACCCCCCAGGAGACCCCAUAUGCAAAUACCUACCCUACCUGCUCAAAUCAUUCAUGCGGGUGGCCAUAAACAAACACGAGAUGAUACACAACCAAUCAUUCAUUCCAUUUUUCGAAGAAAUAUUUCUCGACAUAGUUGAUGCGUUCGUUGAAAAAUAUAAUGAAAGCAAAAGGGGGAGCAACGUGCAUUCAAACACUCAGGGCAGUCACGCACACAACGCAAGUGAAACAGUGACAAGGGAGUGUGCUGCCCACCCAGGGGAUUAUGUAAAAAGGGAAGAGAGUAAUAACCUCCUUCCAUCCUCUAAUCAUGGAACACUAUACACGAAUGAAGAAUUAAGUCUGUAUGAUCUGAGCUCCAUAUGUGAGUGUUUCUUUCUGGUGAAACUAAUGCAAGGGGGAAGUGUCUCUGCAAGACGUAAAAUGCGCACACGAAAUGGGCUGUCCCUCCUCCAUGCAUCAUCCAAUGGGAUGGAAAACCAGAGUAACUGCCCUGUGGACAAAUCUCUAGAAGCGUUCGAAAAAACACUGUACAUAUUUCUGCAAAGGCUACCCUCUUCAAGCGAACUGCAUCUAAGUGGUCAGCACGUCCAUCUCAUGCACAAACAAGACAUACUUGAAGAAUUGGUAAAUAAAAUAAGAUCCUGCGCAGAACCCAUUUUUCUAUACUACUUAAUGUUAAGAACAAUAUUACCGAUUCUAUUUUCUGACACCCGUCAGGAGUGUUUAGAUGUGACCAAAAAGAUCAUUUCGUGCAUCCUCUCUUUACCCUUUCGAACAAGCAUCCUUGUGACAACGUUAUCACCUGCAAAGGAAAGUGAAUCAACACAAAAACAGCUCCAUCACAUUUUAAAGAAACUCACUCAGUGGGAAAAUUGUGUUAUAUCCACAAAUAGCCAAAGGAGAAUUAGAGUACAAACAAAACAGAGGGGUCUUCCAUUUGAUUUUGUUUACGCUGGUGAAUUUCUGCGACCCUCUUCUAUUUUUUUGCUUUGCCUUAAUGAGAUGCUGAAAUGGGAAGAAGUGUACCUACCCUUUGUGCAAGAAGUUUUUAUAUCUGAUCAUGCCUCCGAAGGGAAUAAGGAAAGCUUUGCGGAGGUCGUACGGGAGGUACGCGACUCGCUCAAUUUUAGUGUUCCUAGGUUCUUAAGGGAAAGGCGAACUUAG